CACUUUUACAAAUGAGGAAACAUGCCCAGACGUUAAACGUUAACGAUAAUGAUUUUAUGCUGUAUUAAGAUGAAAAUAGAUCAGCUUUGUGGAAGAUUUUAAGGUUUACAGCGAGCUGGGCAUUUGUGAAGUAGAGAUGGCAAAACGGAACACAAAGUGCUCAGGCAAAUUGCUGUAUUACUUUUUCUAAAAAGUUGCGCGUAAAGGUCAACUCUUUCUGAUGAAGAGAAUAGUGAUCUCCUAGCUUGGAGUGCCACCAACUGGGGAAACAAGAGUGAGUGCUUAAGAGAGGCAGGCUUAAGAGAGUUAUAAAAGGAAGAAAGUGAAUUGGAUAAUUAGGUUGUUGAUUUGGAGAAAAAAGGUUUGGAGAAAAACAAAAAAUGCAAAUCAAAAUUCCUCAUGUCAAGAAAGACAAAAGAAGGAAAUACUCAAAAAAGGUGCAUUCUCGCAAAUUUAUUAGUUAUAAAAAUAAUGAUUACGAAGAAUCGUCCCUAAGGCUACAGUCGAAAAUGUCUGCAGAAGUCCAAGGAGACGUACACAAGAAAUAGUUUCAAAGCAACAAAUGCAAUAAACAUUUAUUAAACAUCUAUGUGGAAGAUACAGGGCUAAGCGUUGGGGGUAGAAAAAGUUGGGGGCAAAAAUAGUCAAACAAAUAUCUCUAAGAAUCUGAGGAUAAAGAUAUGUAAGAAAUUGACAUAUAAAACCAAGAGCUAUUAUUCCUCAAUGACUUUUCAAAGGCAAGUAGUUCGAAAGAGAAUUCUAAACUAUUAAUAAUCAUUUGAAAGAAUCUUAUUAACAAAAAAUGGAAAUCAAAAUUCUUCAUGUUAAGAAAGAAAAGGAAAUAAUCAAAUGUUGGAGAGACUGUGAAGAGGACACAACAUAGGAUUGGAGUUUCUCUGAAUUGGUUUGAUGAUUUUGAUCACCUGUCCAGGUGUGUUUCUUCCAGAGAAGAAAGGACUUGUACUCAGUGUCUGCAUCCUUGAUCAAUAUAGGGAGACAAAAUGCUUUCCUGCUCUGUUCCCCAUUAUGAUUCACGAGAUUAUGAAGUUUGACAAGGUAUUUAUAAAUGCACUUGAUCCAGCUGCUGUGGCGGAACUUCUAGAAACUUAUAUAAUCAGGUUUGAACUGAUACAACUAAUGCCGCCAGAGGGGACAUUAUUGGCCUACUAUGAAGAAAACACGCGAGACUUUUUGUUCCCGGAACGCAGGCUGACUCCUCUCUAUCCUGGGGUCGACAGAGAAGUGCUCAUGAAGACACCCCUAGGCUUUCCAGGCAUCUCUCCAAAAAUAGAAUUUUCUACGAGGACAGCCAUCAAAGAGCUCACUCCAUUAAAAAGGUUUUUUGAAGAAAGAUUGCGACUAUUGAGGCCUGCAUCUGCUUCUUAUGGUCAACGAGUGUAUAGUCCUCAGUAUCAGGAUUUAAGAGCCAUGAUGAAGGAGAAUACCUGUGAGAAGCUUAGCAAAAGCUUGAGGUCUCGUUCUCCAUCACCACACACUAUCCGGCGCCUUUGCCAGGAGGAGCGUUCAGGGCACCCGAACUCUACAUCUCAGGCUGCAUGUCGGGGUUUCAGGUCCUCAGUAGAAACCAAGCCUCCAUUUGUAGUUAGACAUGUAGACAGCUCAAAACCAUUUGGUGAGCAAAUCCCUUUAAAACAACACACUCAAAAGUCCAGGAAAAAAGUCAACUUUACAGGCUAUGAUUAUCCACUUAAAAGAGCUUCUUCUCUUGACAGUAUUGCAGCUGACAUGAAGAUUUUAAGGGAUCGAGAAGAAUGGAAUGCUAGGAGGCGUGAAUUGUUAUCUCCAUAUUCAGAUAGAUCUGGAAAUAUCUUGUCUGGUCAUAGUAAUCAAGGGGAUUCCAAUUUUGAGAAGAAAAAUUCAUUUGUUCACUAUCACCACCGAUCACCUAGUCCACAUCUGAAUUAUUAUCUUCAACACAGGUUGUGCUGCAGCCCUCAUUUAACUUGGGAGAAGAUUCAUGAAAGGGUACGGGAUCUUCUGACCUCUCGAAAAGCCCGACAACGACUCUACCUGGGAGUAACCGACUCUGAAGUUGAUGAAAUCCUUGGAAGAAGGACCCCCUAUUUGAGGAGCUCUCAACUACAUGAAUCUUUGGGGAGCAAAUAUUUCUGAGUAAUUGCCACUUGUAUAGGAUUCUGUGUAUUAUGGUGUUCCUAAUUGCACAGUGCAAA